AUGGCGACAACAUUUACGAGUUCGAAUGAAGAAAAAUGGGAUAAUUUUGGUUUAUUUACUAGUACAACAGAAUGUAAUAAAGAAAUAACAUUAACAGUUGACAAACAAUUACCAUCAUGGUUCAAAGGUUGUUUAUAUCGAAAUGGUCCUGGACAAUUUGAAAUAAAUAAUGAUCCAAGAACAAAUUUCAAUCAUUCAUUUGAUGGUUUUGCAUAUAUACAAAAAUAUAAUAUUGAUGGGGAAUCAAAUAAAAUUUAUUUUCAAAGUUCAUUUAUUAAAUCUCGUACUUACAAAGAAUCAUUAGAAUCUGGCUAUCUUACAACUCGACAUUUUGGUACUGAUCCAUGUAAAACAAUAUUUGGUCGAUUUCAAUUGUUAUUUUCACCAGUUGAUCCAAGAUUAGUGACCGAUAAUACAAAUGUAACUAUACAAAGAAUCAAUAAUGAAUUAAUAGCAUUAACAGAAACAGUUAUUGGUUAUAUUAUUGAUGAAAAUACAUUAGAAACCGUAGCACCAUUAACAACAUUACCGUAUACUGAACCAUUGAAUACAGAAGUUUUAACACUAUCAACAGCUCAUAUUAUGUAUGAUAAAAAAAGAAAAAUGACAAUUAGUUAUGCAACAAGAAUGACACGUUCACAUGGACAUUGGUUAGAUGUUCUUUUUAUAUUUGAUAAUGAUGAUCAUCAUUCAAUUAAGGAUGAACAAAAUAAUUCAUCAUCAACCACUGAUAGUACGUAUUAUUAAUAGACUUCAUAUUUUCGUACACCUCUUUUUUUCUCGAAUAUUUCGAUGAGAUCAUCUUCAGAAAGAACUUCAUUAAACUUCUAUUUUUUUCAAUAUCAAGCGCAUGCAUGAGUGAGGAGCAUAGAGCUAUGUCGAAUAUAUGUAAAAAUAAUAUUUUCCAAAUAUCUCCCUGUACUUUGAUGGAGAUUCACAAUAUUACAGCCAAUUUCUAUAUACAGCAUACAUUUUUCCAAUAAACUUAGUAUAUAAACACUUGUUUUUAAUAAAAUUAUGUUGCGUGUGAAAGUGUUUCCUCUUAACCCGUCUCUUGAUGUUCAAUAAAGGUUGUUUAAAUAAACUUCUGAUGAUUUUAAUGUCGAUCUACGCUUUUUAUGAGAAAAAUUUCGCUCAACACAUGCUCAGGCUAUUUCCAUGGUACUUGUGACACGAAAUACACAACAUUCACCAAAUCGUU